AUGUUCGAACUCUCAGGCCACAUCGAUGUUUGGGUAGAAAUCGACACCCACGUUAUCUAUGGACUCGAAAAGGCUACGUUUGACUUCCCAAAGACUGUCGAGAUUAAACCGUUGCGGAAAGACGGCAGUUACACCCUCAAGGUCAGUUCCGGAUCGGACAAACUCCCCUCCCUCAAAGUCGGCAUCAUCCCUAAGUUGAUCUUCGGAAUCCAAGUAUUUGGUCUGAAGCCGAACGUAUACCUAACCUUCGAGGCCUAUAUCGAAGGCAGCAUCAAGCCCAAGAAGCCGAUUGAAAUCAAGUCUGGCGAGAAAUUCGAUAUCAAGAAACAAGAAGUCUGUGGUGAGGUCAGCUCAAAGCCAACAUUGGGGCAGAAGUCUCCCUAUGGGAUCUGGAAGCCUAAACAUUCGAAGACACUUUGGGAACACAAAUUCGACUUUUGGAAGAGUGCAAGUUGUCCCGCCGCGAAGCGUGAGCUCGGCGCUCUUGAUGGCCCCCUUCUCGGCAACGCCAACGUGUCAAUGCUUUCAUGUCGCGCUCUGUCCACAACACAGAUACUAUCAAAAAUACCCGAUAUAACGAAAGGUUGGACAUGCGAAACUUCGGCAAGUAGCCCAGUGCUUGCUGCCGUCGCCGAAGCCAUACAGAUAAUUGCAAAAUCGUUAGUCGCUCCCGCCCCGUACGCUUGUUACAAUCUCACGUGUUUCUCAUAG